AUGUCAUAUCUAAGAGAUUCUGAAUCCAACCAAGCGGCAUCUGCCCACACCCUCAGUACCCCUGUAUCUUCUGACACCAACCAGCAGAUAUGGACCGAUGAGCAGAUACUGGCAACUCUACCCUUAAAUAUACGUCAAACUUACGACGAGAUAGUGUUAGUGGAGACCAAACUUAGAGAUGUCUGUAAAAAACUAUUCGAACGAAAGACAAAGCCGCAAUUCCAGCAGGAAACGCUGCAAGCAUUCAGCAAACUUUGCUUAGCAUUUGUAGGGUGCUUCUACAAUUUUUUCCACUCGUCUCAAACUCCUAUCGCCCCCCAAGCUAUUCGAGAUCUGCCCAGGAAAUACAAUAUGUGUGAGAGGUUUCAAUACGGUGUCUCCAUAUCAUUCGAAUUGCUGGAAUACGUACUGCCCUGCUGCCCGCUGGACUCACAAACUUGGGAUAAUUCGGAUUCCACCUAUAGUUUCUUUAUUGACGUGUACUCACAAGUUACCAUGUUAUAUGAAGCCGUACCGGCGUUUCGCUGCUUUUGGACACAUAUUUUAGGAGAUCUCGCACUCCACUGUUACCGCGCAAGGAGUUGGAGUGGAAAAGAGAGAGACAGUCUGGGCUUCUGGGGCGGAAAGGCUCGAGAGUGGUACGGCGAGGCGAUUCGUCUGCAGCCAGGUACUGACAAUACUUAUCGUUUACUCGGCCGUGUGCUGUCGAAGGACCCUCUACGAAAAAUGAGCUGCUAUUAUAUGGCUAGAAGUUCGAUAUCUUCGUUUGAACUUGCCGAAGACGUUUUAAUGGAUCUCAAUGCCGAAUAUAGGAGAUAUCUUACACCGGAGAAUAAUCUUGAACAAAAGUUUGUGCUCCUUCACGCAUUUCUCGACACUGCCUCUCUUUCGGGGAUAGAGUCCCAAAAAACAGCAUUUUUGCAAGAGAUAAAGAAAGAAGUCGAAGGUAUGGGCUAUCGUUUCGAACUAUUGGGUGCACACAUGGCGGUCUGUGGGAUUGCUUCUAUUCUCUUCCACAAAAGUGAACUUGAUUCGCAGAGACGGGCCCGAGAUAUAGCUUUCGGCAUACUUUGUACCUUGCUCACUAUUUGCGCCGAUCAACCUGCCGUCGGGCCACACAUCUAUAUUUGGCUUAUUUUCUUGAAUUCUACUGCACGAUGGCCGCAAGGUAACUUUGAAGAAGAAGGCGAGUGCCUUUUCCAGCAGUUGAAGAAUCUUGCUUCCCGUUUGCUCCGAGAGGAUAGUGAUGAGGAGCAUAUCACGACAGCGACCUCUAUGGAAGCGUUGUUCGAAGAUCAGGGAAAUAGUCCUCUGCCGGAGGAGUAUCUUAUCAGGCACUGGAAUUUUACGAGCCGUUUCUUCCCCGAAGGGUAUUUUAGUAACCACUUAGCUUCCAAGGUGGAGAAUCCUUCUCAAACAUGCAACCUGAGAUAUAUUCGCCAAAGAAAGAUACUUAUACUUCUGCGAAGUAUCCUAACCAAGUACUAA